AUGGGAUUAUUUAAUUUAGUUAAAAAAUUAGAUGCAGAAAAUCUUAUUUUGGUGGCCAAUAUAACAGUUGUAUCUUUAAUUGGAACUGGAAUGUUUGUUCGUAAUCUAAGAGUUAUGAAUAAAGAAAAUCACUUUGAAGAUGUUGAUCAUAUGCAUUUACCAUUAGAGAAAUGUAGAAAUAUUAAACAUCCAAGUUUUAUGUAUAAAGAUAGUCGUGAAAUUAUGAAGCACCAAUAA